AGUGUUCAACACCCUCUUCUAAAAUAUGGCAGAGUAGAAAACUAGAUUCAAAGGCCUCACAACCUUACUCUCCAUUCUGGAAUCUAUUAUUUCAAAGGAACCAGCUCCCUCAUGUGAGGACAGCCAAUGAACUUGAGCUCCAAGAGGAAACCUUGUGUGGCAGGCUCUCCCUAGGCAUGAAUAAUCACUAGCCUCUAACGAAGAAGAAAGUUUUCUCUCUGGAGCCUAAAGACCUGUGCUUGCAGCCCCUAGCUUCUUUUUCCUGCACAAGGGAUUUCCGGGUCAGAAUGAACAAACACUUCUUGUUCCUCUUCCUCCUUUACUGCCUCAUUGUGGCAGUGACAUCACUUCAGUGCGUAACAUGCCACCUUCGCACACGGACAGACCGCUGUAGAAGAGGCUUUGGUGUCUGUACUGCUCAGAAGGACGAGGCAUGCAUGCUCUUAAGGAUUUACCAGCGCAAUACUCUCCAGAUAUCAUACAUGGUGUGUCAGAAAUUCUGCAGAGACAUGACAUUUGAUCUCAGGAAUCAGACUUAUGUUCAUACAUGCUGCAACUACAAUUACUGUAACUUUAAACUCUAAGAUAUUUGCCCUCCUGAGGUCUCGCUUUGGAAUGUCCCCAAUGUUGCUCAUCCUUCACACUCUGCUGGCCCUUGCUUCCCUUCCGUGUCUGUCCUGACAAUACCCCUGCCCUCUCAUUAACCUAAGAAGACUAAACUAGUGUGAUCCUUUCUGGUGUCUUCAGCUUGGCUUCUCCCUCAGUCAGAGAAUAGUGGUUCUGAACAAUGGAUUUCUUCUAUUAUUGGGAUUAUUGGCAUGGCCAUAUUCCAAGAAACCUGCCCCAAGAGUUCCUGUACAGUAAAAUUUAAAGCAGGAAUAUUCUAGAAUCUUAAUUUGCUUAACUAGUUCAGGUACACUAGAAAGCCUUCAGCUAAAAAUUCACAAUAUUUUUAUCUAAAAUUCCCAUGUAUCCGGAGAAUGACUAAGCAGAAAUAGCAAUAAAAUGGAUGAUGGAUACUGAAGAUUUUUCUCUACGGACACCAAGUUAUUUCUACCAGCAGGCAGUGCCCACUUCAAACUCAACCAUUGUGAUUUUCUUGGCAUUUACAAACUACAUCCUUACACUGUUAUUAGGAGAUAGCAAACAAGGAUCUUCCCGGCCUCUGUGACAUUCACCGAGCUCUCACACAGCCACUGCUACUCCUAUCGAGAUGUACAUUCAAGGUACAUCAGAACUCUCAUUUCUUCCCCUUCCUUUCCUAAACCUUCUCUCUUCCUUUCCCCCUUUGCCAUUCACCUUUACUAUCACCUCCCACCUCCAUUAUCACCUCCCCAUUGCCACACAACCUCUCCCUGUAGAGGCAGGAGGUCCUUCGAAGCUUUGCCCCAUGCGUCAGAUGGCACCUGAGGCAUAUAACCUAGGGUGGGCUGCCUUUCAGGAUCCCUCAUCAAAGGGAGUCAAACAUAGUCAAGAUACCAUCUACCCUGUACAGCUUUCUUGAGACUUGGGGGCCUGGGUCAAAGAGAUUUGUCUGUCGCUUGCUGCCCAUCUUUAAGUAAUAAACCGACUUCACAUAA